GAUCCAAACAAGACAUAGAGAUACAGAGCAGAGCAGAGCUGAUAGACAGCCGGACAGCGAGAGAGAGGGAGGGAGGCUGGGAGGGUGUGAGCGGAAGGCGGCGUGCGCAUGGCAGGAGGAGAGCAUGGAGCCAACGGCCUGCAAGAGCACGACCACGCCGGAGCUCUGGAGGAAGGAAGAGGAGGAGGAGCGAAUCAACCAGCAGGGUGCGAGGAUGCAGAGCAAGCUCUGAGCAGCACCGGCAACCAGCCCAUGAUCUCCGUCCAGUUCGUGCAGAAGCACAAAGUAGUUGCACUUGUUCACACCUGCCCGUGGAGGCCGUAGUUCAGGUAGGAGAGAAACCGGGCGGAGCUCAAACACCAGAAGAGUCAAACAAGUGGACGAAGAUGACGACUUUCGUCUGCAAGGUCCUCGCCGAGAUCCUGGGGACCUACCUGCUCAUCUUCGCCGGCUGCGCGGCGGUGGCCGUGAACCAGAGGACAGCCGGCACGGUGACGUUCCCGGGCGUCUGCAUCACCUGGGGCCUGGCGGUCAUGGUGAUGGUCUACUCCGUCGGCCACAUCUCCGGGGCGCACCUCAACCCCGCCGUCACGCUCGCCUUCGCCACCUGCGGCCGCUUCCCGUGGAGGCAGGUCCCGGCCUACGCGGCGGCGCAGGUGGUCGGGUCGACGUUGGCGAGCCUCACGCUGCGGCUGCUGUUCGGGGGCGAGCCGGAGCACUUCUUCGGGACCGUGCCGUCCGGGUCGGACGUCCAGUCGCUGGUGCUGGAGUUCAUCAUCACCUUCUACCUCAUGUUCGUCAUCUCCGGAGUCGCCACCGACAACAGAGCCAUUGGUGAGCUCGCUGGUCUGGCCGUUGGAGCUACUGUGCUACUAAACGUGCUCUUUGCCGGGCCCAUAUCAGGAGCAUCCAUGAACCCUGCAAGAACCAUCGGUCCGGCGAUGGUCGCCGGACGCUACACCGGCAUCUGGGUGUAUAUCGUCGGCCCUGUUAGUGGCGCAGUUGCCGGUGCGUGGGCUUACAACCUCAUCCGGUUUACCAACAAGCCACUGCGAGAGAUCACCAGGACUGGGUCCUUCUUGCGAAGUGCAAGGAUGAGCUAGCUGCUUUCACAGUGUUGUUUGCUUGUAGAUAGUGAAUGUCAAUGACAUGUUUUUAAUUUGCAAUUCUCCAAUCGCACUGUAAAUUUAUUCUCCAA